CAUUAAUGGCACGUACACAGUAAUAUUGAUUUAAAGAUUUAUCAUCACAGUCUACGAUAGGUCUUGUACCAAGGCUUAAAAACAAAAUGACACUGGGUCAAACGUCAUCCUGUCCUGACCAGGAGAGUACAGGUAAAGCUGAGAGGGUUGAAUGACCAUAAAAGGAUAUUUAUGUGAUGCGGAGGCUGUGGAGGUUUUGGUACUAGAGGAAGGAAUUCAAGAGACAAUGAGAUGAAGGCAGAGCAAGGUGAAUGGAAGACUGAUAGCUUGAGGGAGGUGAGGGGCGUGGUCUAGGCAGGUGUGUGGGCAGGGCUUAUAAACAGUGAAUACAGUAGCACACAUGGUCACACGGUCAUUUGGCACAUUCGUGCCUCUCAAUGACUGAGUCUCAUUGACACAAGGUGCGCAGAGUGGGAGAGAAGGACAGAGAUGUAUUUAUACAGGAACUUUGGGAAAAUUAUGGAGGCCUAUAUAGGGAAGAAUUCCAGCAUUGACGACUCAGAAGAUACUGAUUCAGGGGGGCAGGACUCCACGCUGGGAGACAGGGCCGCGGAAAGGCUGGGCGUACUCCUGAAGUCGGAGUCGGAGGACUCUGGGGUGGAGGAGCCAGUGGUCAGCCCUCUUGGCUCGGAGCAGAGCUUUUCAUUGGGCAAAGAUACCGACUUGGCAGAUGGGCCGCUGUCGCCCUCACCUCUGCCCUCACCCUCACCAGCCCUCGCUCCCUCCUUAUCAUCACCCCCAAACCUGAAGGGACGGGAAGGUUGGCACAGAGUGCGGACCAUUGUUGAGCUGGCUCUACAGAGGACCAAGCAGAGGGGCUCCAGAAGUCAGCCUCGGCUGCCCGUCAGCCUCAUGGCCCCCCAGGUCCCGUUAGGUGAGAGUUUGGAUGAGAGGGUCCCACAGUUGCCGGACCCUGAGCCCUGCCAGCAAAGCCAGGGCAGGUCAGAGGUGGACGGCCAGGCAUGUGGUGAGAAGGCCGACCCCGGGAGCCAGCUCUCCCCUGGGCUGUCAUACCUGGAUGAGGUCUGCAGGCUCCUGGAGGAGAUCGCCAGGCUGCAGGCGAGGAACCGAGAAUUGAAGAGAGAGAGAGAUGGACUUCAGUACCAGCUGAGAGACAAGGAGAGACAGGAGUUGAUGUCCGGACAAUGUCUGUGUGGUGCUGCUGAGUCAGCCAGUGAGGGACCGGGGCAGAAGCGGAGGGGCGCCAUGUCGAGUGGGCUUGCCCCCGGGGAGCAGCUCCUCUUGCCAGCGUUUCGGCGGCGGUCCAUGUCCGAAUCAGAGGCCCUCAAAAGUAACGUGGAGAGGUGGAAGGAGACACGGGUCCAUGGGAGUACGAUGCAGCUGACAGAGGUGGACAGCGGCAAGCAGACAAAAGCCAGACAGGACAGAGUCAAAUGGCAAACAGCCAGCCUGAAUGAGACCUCAAGAGACUUUAAAGAUGCCACAGAGGAGCCUAACAAGGAGCCUAGCAGCAAACAGAAACUGAAGAAGAAGCAGCAUUCUCUAUUCAAGAAGAAGUCCAAGAACAAGAGUGUCAAAUAAAACAGAGCCGUCUUGCACCACUCCCGGGUUGUGGUGGUCAGGGGAGCCUGAGAUUCAACGAUCCCAAGCAGACCGAUCUGUAUCCACAGCCUCCUUCUGAUAAUUAUUAGGGACUCUGAGCGUCUCUUUCUAAAUGGAAGAGCUAUUCGGAAUAGCGAUGUGAAGCUACGAAGCAUCUUGAUGGAGUACUUGCACUUCAUUUAUAUACUGUUGGCAUGUGAAUAGCUCAGUGCUUAAUUCGGGAUGUAACCCGCUGCUUUUGAAGGUUUCUUUACAGCUAUACGACUGAUGUGUAUGUAGAAGGCCGACGAUCAUAUGUUUAAUAUAUAGAAAGAUUUGUGUAACGCGUUCACUUUAUUCGUUUAUAUGAUUGCUACGAUUUAAAUCUCUUACGUUGUGCCUGUAUUUAUACUAGAUACAAGCAUAUCCAUAUACGCACAUACACAGGGAAAUAAACGCCCGCACACUGAUUCACCUCACGCGGGUGAUCAACUGAAAGCACGGCAUAUUUUACAAAUACAGUAUAAUAAUAAUGGUAACGUAACAAAUCAUGUCAUCAUUCCAAUCAGGCACGUAGUAUUCACCCGCGUUCACACAAAUCUUAUUUCUUAAAAUAUCUAAUCAUGACUGAUUACUUACGUUUAUGUUAUUUCCCCACAGGCAGAAAAAUUUAUAUUUAGUGAAGCACAUAUAUGAAAUAUUUAAAAGGGUAACGAUUCUGUUUCGUAAUGUGAGCUAAAUUAUUUAAUCAAUAAAUUAUUCGAAUUUCUUGUACUUUAUUCUUUAUUUUUUUUAAAUAAAAUACAAGCACAAUGUAGCACAAUGA